UACUACGAACAGUAGAUAUUUCUGGACCAGUGAAUAAGUUCUCCUCUCUGUUCCAUUCCCAUUGUUACACGAUCUGUAACUGGCCUGAAAAACAGUUAACACUCUAUCUCCGAGUACCUCUCUGUUUUUUUGUGUACUUUGGCUUCAAAUUGGCCGAUUCCAGAUUCUCAAAUCUGUAUAGAAAUCCCAGAACAAAUUAGGGGAUGGAAGACUCAUACUCUGUUUGUAGUCCCAGAAGAAUUCUGAGUGUGUCAAAGAAGAGGAGGGAGGCAACAGUGUCCUUUGCAGAUGCUGAUAUUAAGGCUUCUGGGUUUCAUGGUCCCAAACCUGCUGAAGUGUAUGGCUUUGUGGGUUCUAUCACAACUGUUGUGGCUACAGUUAUUCUCUUGGUGUGGGCAUAUGUGCCAGAGUCUUGGCUACAUUGGAUUGGCAUCUUUUACUACCCCAGCAGGUAUUGGGCAUUGGCUGUGCCAGCUUAUGCAAUGAUGACUGUAGUACUGGCAUUAGUAUUUUACUGUGGCCUCAACUUCAUGUCCACCCCUCCGCCAUCCUCCUUAUAUACAGUAUAUGAUGAAUUUAGUAGAGAUCCUGUAAGCUCUGGUCAAAUGGCUGGUGAUGAUCAACUCAUUGAACCCAUAUCUGAUAUCAGUAUUGACAAAAUCAAUCGUUCCAUGUUUAAAUAACGGAAAGCAACCUUUGGGCGUUGCAGACUUGUACCCAAGUGAGUUCUUUCCUCAAAAAAUGGAAGUCCUGAAAUUAGUUAAUAGUUUUAACCGAGCAAGAAGAAAUCCUUUGAUAGUAACAACAUGCCAAGAAGAAAUAUUGGAAGUACAAAGAGGGCAAGAAGCAUAUUCAGCAAUACAAAGAGGGCAAGAAGCAUUAUCAGCAAUACAAAGAGGGCAAGAUGGAUUAUCAGCAAUACAUAGAGCGCAAGAAGGAUUAUCCACAAUACAUAGAGGGCAAGAUGGAUUAUCAGCAAGACAAAGAAGAGAGAAACAAGUACACUUCUGAACCAGAAUUUGUUUGUAAAUGUAAUCACCCCUAAGAAACUAAUCAGUCAAGGAAGAGAUAUUGCACUUUAGGAGAACCAUAAAGUUUCCGACCUGAAUUCCAGUUGGCAAAUGUAGGAAAUAAUGUCUAAA